AUGGAAAAAUUAGCUAAACUAAUGGAACAAAUUGCCGUAUCAAUAAAUAAUAGACCUCAAGAGUUUAAUAAUAGUUGUUGUCAAAAUGGCCAUAUUGCCUGGGAUUGUCCAAAUCAGGAUAAUCCUAUUUCUAAUUGA